AUGAGAAAAUGGCUUCUUCAUCAUCGUGGCCCUCGCCUCUCUCGUCCCCUACCAAAUCUACGCUCUAUUCCUUGGCAUCACUUCUUCAGCACCGCAAAGGCGCAUCUCAAGGACAGCCACGAUCCUCGCAUUCGGGACUUUGGGAGACGCAUACAUGACGAUUACGCUACUAUUCGCGAGAAUUACGCAACGCCGAAACAUCCCAUCGUCCUAGCCCACGGCCUCCUCGGCUUCUCCGAGCUCAGAGUCUCGGCCCUCCUCCCGCCAAUCGAGUACUGGCACGGCAUCAAGCAGGCCCUCAGGCAGAACAACUGCGCCGUCAUCACCGCGUCCGUCCCGCCGACGGGGUCCAUCGAGGAGCGCGCCGCCAAGCUCGCCGCCGACAUUCUCGCGCAAACCAGCAGGGACGAACGUGACGCGCCGCCGACGGUGAACAUCAUCGCCCACAGCAUGGGCGGGCUCGACGCGCGCUACAUGAUUUCGCGGCUGAAGCCCGUGUUGAAAAACGUGCGCGUGGCCUCGCUCGUGACAAUCGCCACGCCGCACCGCGGCAGCCCGUUUGCGGAUUACCUCGUCGAGCGCGGCGCCGGGCCGCUCCACCUGCCGCGGCUGUACAGCAUCAUCCGGCGCGCGGGGCUGGGGACCUCUGCGUUUGGCCAGCUGACGACGCGGUACAUGCGCGACGAGUUCAAUCCGCGGGUGCGUGACGAUGAGGCCGUCAGGUACUUUUCGUACGGGGCGGCGAUUGACGAGCCUUCGCUGCUGGGGGCCUUUCGGCUGCCGCACGGCGUGGUGGGCAGGGCCGAGGGGGAGAAUGACGGGCUGGUGAGCGUGGAGAGCAGUCGAUGGGGAGUGUAUCGGGGGACAUUGAUGGGGGUGAGUCACUUGGAUUUGAUCAAUUGGUCGAACCGGGCGGCGUGGACGGUGAGGGAGUGGAUGGGGAUGAAGAGGACGUUUAAUGCGGUUGCGUUUUACCUUGAUGUGGCUGAUAUGCUGGCCAAGGAGGGAUUAUAACUUUGUACUUGUAUGAUUGUAUAUGUGUUUCGAAAGG